AUGAAGUGCAGGAGAGGAAGCGAGAUGCCCGAGUCCUUGCCCCUCCUCGUGGAAAGAGCCGCGAAGAACUUCUAUCGGCGUCGGCUGGUGACGGUCGUCAUCGGCCUGGUGGUGGCAUUCGCCGUCGGGUCCGAGAAUGCCAUCAUCCUCCCGACGGCGUGGAAGUACCUUCAGUCCCUUGGAUCCAGGGAUGAGACGGACUUCGGGAUCCUCAUUUCUGCUUUCAACGUGGGUGGCCUCAUUUCCUCCGUUUUCUUCGGCUGGCUCGUGGACAGACGGAUGGACCUCUGCAAAAGAAUCGUGUUCGUCGGUGCCAUGAUCCAAAUACCUGGGAACGUGAUGUACUUCCUCGGGAUCCACAAGUGGUUCGUCAUAUCCGCCAGAUUCAUCUGCGGACUCGGAAGCGGGAUCAUCGCGGUCAUUCUCGCCGAACUGGCAAGAGCCACGUCCAACGAGGAGCGGACGAAGUACUUGACAUUAGGAUUUGGCUGUCGCCAAUUGGGACUUCUCUUCGGCCCUGCGUACAAUUUUGGCUUGCACGACAUCCAUACCCAUUUUGGCGAUGUUUCCGUGGAUGAAGGUUCCCUGCCUGGAUUGAUCUUCGCCAUUUUUUGGGCCCUCGCUCUGGUCGCCAUCUUCGCCGGAUACGAAAACAUCGGAAAACUCCACCACUCCUUGCAGAUGCUACAAGAAUACGCUAAGGAGUCUGAAAGCAUUAAAUACGGCACGUUCUCGUCCAUUCCAGCGACCUCGGACCGCCACCCGGUCGCCUCGACGGCCGCGAGGGAGCCAGAAGUUCGAGUCCUGCCCUUACCUUCUUCGACGCCAUAUCGAAACAAAUUUCAAAGAGAGAUCCCAUACGAUCGACUGGAUGACGUCGUUCACUCGUCGUUCUUGGAUCUCCUGACCGACACGACCGUCGUCAUUCUUUUCAUGCAGAUCACUUUCUUCUUCGGGCAAUACAUGGUGGAAACGAUCAUUCCCCCAACCAUGCAGGAUUCCUUUGGCCUCGGAAACCAGGAAAAUUCCCUCUUCUAUCUUCUGAUCGGAUGUGAAGCGAUCUUGUCGUUCGUCUUCGUCAUUCUGGUCCGAAAACGACUACUCGACCGGACUGUGAUCAUGAUUGGGAACGUGUUAAUCGUGAUCGGCUUGGUUUCCCUCAUGCUCACGACCUGGGUGCAGACCUCCCACCCCGACUACGCAUUCCCGUUCUUCAUCUCAUCCUGCACCUUCGUCUUCCUCGGAGUCCCCAUGGCCUCCGUCUCCUCCGUGGCCCUGGCCUCCAAGACGGUCGGACCCGAGUCCCAAGGGAAGAUGCAGGCCCUCCGCCGGGUCGCCUCCUCCGUCGGGCUCAUCCUCGGCCCUCUCUGGGCCGGGGCCUUCGUCUUCGACCGCUUCGUGCUCUGUGGGGUCACCAUCAUCAUGUUCCUCAUUCAGAUCUUUUUGUUCGUCCUCUCAUACGCCAGGAUGAUUCCCAAGUGA